AUGAAGAUUUUAACAUUUUGCAGGUGGCGUCUUGUCCCCCGGGUGUUGAGGGAUGUGUCCACAGUGGAUCUUUCUGUCUCUGUGCUGGGCCACAAGCUUAGCAUGCCUGUCUGUGUGGCAGCCACAGCAAUGCAGAGGAUGGCUCAUCCUGAGGGAGAGACAGCUACAGCAAGAGCAUGCCGAGCAGUGGGGACAGGGAUGAUGCUGAGCUCCUGGGCCACCUCCACUAUAGAGGAAGUGAUGUCAGCAAUGACAACCUCAGUAGGCGGUGUCAUGUGGCUGCAGCUAUACAUCUAUAAAGACCGAGAACUCACACUAUCCUUGGUCCGCCGGGCAGAAGAGGCGGGCUAUAAGGCUAUCUUUGUUACUGUGGAUACGCCGUACCUGGGAAGGAGAUUGGAUGACAUGCGCAACCGCUUCAAACUGCCCCCACACCUGAGCAUGUCCAACUUCUCAUCAGCCUCCAUGGCGUUCUCUGAGGGAAACUAUGGCAAUGACAGCGGUUUGGCUGUUUAUGUUGCCAAGGCAAUAGACCCCUCUCUCUGUUGGGAUGACAUCACAUGGAUAAAAAAACAUACGUACCUACCAGUGAUUGUGAAAGGGAUAGUUAAUGGUAUAUUAACACACACACACACACACACACACACACACACACAUU